CAAAAACCUCUGUUUCUCCCUCACAAAAUGGCCUAUACUCACAGUUUCGCUCUUCUCCUCAUCCUCCUCUCCGCAACCAUCACCUUCUCCUCCGCCGCGUUGGUAGAAGAGCAGCCUCUGGUGCUCAAAUACCACAACGGCAUUCUCCUAAAAGGAAACGUCACUCUCAAUCUCGUCUGGUACGGAAAAUUCACAUCAAUCCAACGGUCCAUCAUCGUCGACUUCAUCCGCUCUCUCACCUCCUCCGCCGUCAAAUCAAAAGCUCCAUCCGUCGCGUCCUGGUGGAAGACGACGGAGAAUUACAAAGGCGGCUCGUCGACGAUCCUCGUCGGUAAACAGCUCCUCCUCGAGAACUACCCUCUCGGAAAAUCGUUGAAAAGUCCUUACCUCAGAACUCUUUCCGGUAAACUCAACGGAGGUGGUGGUGGUGGUGGUGUUCGGUCUAUAACCGUCGUUUUAACGGCGAAAGACGUCGCCGUCGAAGGCUUCUGUAUGAACCGUUGCGGGACUCACGGCGCGAGAGGUAGCUCCGUUAACAGUGGAGCUUACGUUUGGGUGGGAAACUCUGAGACGCAGUGUGCUGGCUACUGCGCGUGGCCGUUUCAUCAGCCAUUGUACGGACCUCAGUCUCCGCCGUUGAUCGCGCCUAACGGAGACGUCGGAGUUGACGGGAUGAUUAUAAACUUAGCGACGUUACUUGUUAACACCGUGACGAAUCCGUUUAAGAGCGGUUACUUUGAUGGCGCGAAUCAAGAGGCCGUCUCGGUCUGUACCGGGAAAUUCGGGUCGGGUGCUUAUCCGGGUUACGCGGGUCGGGUUCUUGUAGACAAGACUACCGGAGCUAGUUACAACGCUUUGGGACUAGCAGGUAGGAAAUAUCUUUUGCCAGCGAUGUGGGACCCGCAGACUUCGAAGUGUAAGACUUUGGUUUGAGUUUAGACGGUCGUGAACGAGACACGUGGCAAGAAAGAAAAUGGUGAUGGCGAGUUGAAGAAAGUUGUAGAUAUCUAUCUUGUCUGAUUGUACGGAGGAGUUUGGGGAAGGGGAUGUGUUUCUUUUGUCGUUAUGUGUGACGUGUACAUUCGUUUCUGGUGGUGUGUGAAAGGAUGGUUAUAUAUAUCUAAUUUAAUGCGGAUAAUAAAAAUCGAUUUGUAGUUUUCACUAAGCUUAUUUUUAAUAACAUCGUUUUACCAAAGGGAACAAACUUUAUAGAUAAGCGGGGAAUGGGAAAUUAAUUAAGCUGUGUAGAUACGGUGAGCAAAUAUUUUACAAGAAAAAGUGGGAAUAAAGGUGUCUUGGUGAAUGGUGAUGAUGGAACUUUGAGGAAAACGAGGAAGAAAAAAAAAGACAAUUCAC